AUGCAACUGAAAUUCGUUGUCGGAGUCUUCAACGCAAAACUAAGAGAGGCUACAAAAGAAGAAUACAGGAUUGGAAGAUUUGGAAUAGGGAACCGGAAUGAAAAUGGCAAUCGUCUCGCCGGGCUGUUGUUCUCCGCUCGCCUAUUUCAUGGGAACUCUCUUUUCAUGAAGAAAGUCAUCGUCAGUGGACAAAUCGUCCAAUGGCGCGACUCGUGCGGAGAUCGAUGUUCGACCACAUGCUCGCCAACCGGAGGUGGUGUCUACUUGACGUCUCGGAAGUACCAUCCUUUUGUAGUGGUUCUGAUCACCGUCUUCUUCGUGCGAAAAUACGACUUAGCCACACGAUGGAAAAGAACAACUGCUAUUGGCAACAAAGAAGAAAAGAAGUCGUCUACGACGAUUGGCGUACUCGAGGACUCCUUGUCCCAGGGUGACUGGCACAUCGGGGAAGACCCAAACGUGGACUAUGAGAUGUUGCUCAGAGGAUUACAAGCCUGUGCUGAGCGUGCCUCGAAGCCGCGCAUGACAAACUUGAGUUGA